AUGCAGCUGCGUCGCAGGUGGCGCAGCAGCGCGGUGCCGGGUCCCUCCGAGCGUGGACAGUUGUCCAGAGGUGCAGGGGUGUCGCCUCACCACCGCCCCGCACACGCGCGUCGCUCGAACCCGGCGGCGCCGCCGCCGCAGGUGGGGGUCAACGACCUGUUGAGCGCGGGGCAAACGGCCCAGGAAAUAUGGGACGGCGGGCUGAGGGAGAUGUAUGACGAGGCGCUGGCGCGCGGCGCGCACGUGCUGGGCAUGCUCCCGCUGCCAAACGGCCUCGUCAGCAGCUCUGAUUCCAAGGAGCAGCAGCGGAAGCUGCUGGGGCACCUCAUCUACGCCUACUCAAAGAGACACCCGCGGAUCCGCUGCCUUUUCUAUGGGAUUGACUGGGGCAACGCUGAGAAGGCGAGGUGGCUCGACAAGGACAGGCUGCACCUGAGCGUGGAGGGCUACAAGGAGCUGUCGCGGCAGGUGCUCGCAAUCAUCCGCGGCUCCAUGGGGCGGGACCCCUGCAAAAAGUGCAGCAAGUACGUCAAUAUCGCGGCCGACGGCGUCGCCGCGCCCGCGCCGGUGCCGGCCGCCAAGCCGCCGGUCGCGGCUGCCAAGCUGCCAGCGAAGCCUCCGGCCGCAGACCGGCUGCCGGCGAAUGUGACGCAGGCUGCAAAGCCGGCUCCGCCGGCGGGCGCCAAGCCGCCGCCGGCCAACGCCACGCGUGCCGCGGCGGGGCCCGCGCUGCAAGCGCCCGCGGCCAACGUCUCGGCCUCCCCGAAGCCGUCGCCAAAGCUGUCCACAGCUGCCGCCUGA